UGCCCUUAAGCCGCCGGCGGUGCCCGCGCCGCGCCUCGCCCUGCACGGGCGGCUGCAGGCGGGCACCGCGUCCCCGUCCCCGUCCCCACACGCACGGCCAGCGCCCAGCCCGGCGGAGAAGCAGGGGCAAGCGGCGGCCGGCUGCGCUCCUAAUAAAGCGCCCUAUAAAUAGGCUCCGUGCGCGGCCCUCGGGCUUUGGCCGCCGCGGCUCUGCAGGCGGCGCGGUGCAGCCCAGCCCAGCCCAGCCCAGCCGAUCCGAGCCGAGCCGUGCCGUGCCGAUCCGAGCCGAGCCGGCAGGAGAGCUGGGGCUGCCGCAGCCUGACCCCCAAGCAAGAUGCCCCGGGUGGACGCAGACCUCAAGCUGGACUUUAAAGAUGUCCUGCUCAGACCCAAAAGAAGCAGCCUCAAAAGCAGAUCAGAGGUUGACCUCACGCGCACCUUCACCUUCCGCAACUCCAAGCAGACGUACACAGGAAUUCCCAUUAUAGUGGCAAACAUGGACACAGUGGGGACAUUUGAAAUGGCUGUGGUUAUGGCUAAACAUGCAAUGUUCACUGCAAUUCACAAGCAUUAUUCUCUGGAAGAAUGGAAGCUGUUUGCUGCCAAUCACCCAGAAUGCCUUGAGCACGUAGCAGCAAGCUCAGGUAGCGGCAAAGCUGAUUUAGACAAGUUAACAAGUAUUCUAGAGGCCAUCCCACCCAUCAGAUACAUCUGCCUGGAUGUGGCAAACGGCUAUUCGGAACACUUUGUGGAGUUUGUGAAGUCUGUCCGUGCCCUGUUCCCAAAUCAUACCAUUAUGGCAGGCAAUGUGGUGACAGGAGAGAUGGUAGAAGAACUUAUUCUUUCUGGAGCAGAUAUUAUUAAAGUGGGUAUUGGACCAGGUUCCGUGUGUACCACUCGGAUUAAGACAGGGGUGGGCUAUCCCCAGCUAAGUGCUGUUAUUGAGUGUGCAGACUCAGCACAUGGCUUGAAAGGACAUAUCAUCUCUGAUGGAGGAUGCAGCUGCCCAGGAGAUGUCGCCAAAGCGUUUGGAGCCGGCGCCGAUUUUGUCAUGCUUGGAGGAAUGUUUGCAGGCCACGACCAGUGUGCUGGAGAGAUCAUGGAAAAGAAUGGCAAGAAGGUGAAACUCUUCUAUGGGAUGAGCUCUGAUACAGCCAUGAAGAAGCAUGCAGGAGGGGUUGCUGAAUACAGGGCUUCGGAGGGCAGAACCGUGGAGGUGCCGUACAGAGGGGAUGUGGAGCUCACCAUCCUGGACAUCCUGGGGGGACUGCGCUCCACCUGCACCUACGUGGGAGCUGCCAAACUCAAGGAACUGAGCAGGAGAACAACGUUCAUCCGGGUCACCCAGCAGCACAGCCAGGUCUUCUCGUAGCCCAGGACCGGGGAACUGGAGAGAGGGACAGGGGGAGAGGAGCAGGAAGGGCUGGUGUUUUGUUUUGCUUUCUCCUCCUUGGUGUGUCAGUGGCAAGUUCUCCUCUCUCCGCAGAUGGCAGUCUCAUAGCCAUGAUGGCUGGGAUUUGGAAGGGGAAGGUUGUGCUAUUAACACAGUGCCAUUGGUUCAAAAUGCAAUAGCCUCAUCUUUUCUUGUGCCUAUUUUAUUUCUUAAUAAUUUCUUCUCCUGUUUCUUCCCCUCUGACAAAUAGCUGCUGAAACCUCAGUUAACAAGGAAUUGGCUUGUACAGAUACGCCUGUUACACCUGCACACAUACACACAUUCCCUCUUUGAAGACUGGCCUGUCAGCUACCACUGCUUCUGACAGUGCACCCUCCAGAAAUUGCAGGCUGGGAGAGAAAAAAGAUGGAAGGGGUUGAGUGGAGGAAUCAAAACCCAAAUUGUUCGCCUUUCCUCUGGCAAAAGGGUCGUUGUUUGCGGCAGGGCUGCCAGCCUGCACAACGUCAGAGGUGGAUGAGGCCUGACUACUGCCAGCUUCUUACUGUGAAGAUAAAAUGCCAGAUCUCCACUCUCAGUUCGAAGGGCUGGUACUGCCAUUUGUACUAAAUCUCCCUAUUUCAACGGACCUGCCUCUUCAGGGAAGUUGUCAGUGAAUGUGGCAAACCCAUGUUGUCCUCCCUGCCUCCAUCCGUGGAGAUCAUUCAGGAGAGAACAUCUCAGAGCUUGCCUGCUUCUUUGUGCAUGCCAUUACUGUAUUACCUGGGUUCCCGCUUUUACCUGUGCUCUGUGAUCAGAAUUUUUCAAGACCUACAACCUCAGCAACAGUAAACCCACCAAGGGGAGGUUUCUCCGCAGCCCUCCCUGCUCCCUCGUAAGUUUUCUGCCUGUUCACGUCCAUUUAGCAAAGACGUAAAGAUGCUGUGCUGUGCACUCUGUGCCAGGUGAAUAAGGUCGGAGAGAUCAAACUCACCUCUUGCUUUUUGGUACCACUCCUUUGCAGUCCGUAGCAUCGUGAAAAUCAAAAGGGAGCUUUCAGCAGAACUGCCUGAUUGCAAGACACUGGCAGAUUGAGUUAAAGCACUUGCUCUAAAGGCAGUAAUGAAUGUUUAAGACUCUGGGUAACACUUUAAUAAAGUGCAACAGCCCACUAA